AUGCUGUGGCUCAUCAGGGUCUCCGGGUUCUUCACCGCCGCGCUCGUCACCGUCGUCCUCUCCCCUUCUCUCCAGUCCUUCCCGCCGGCGGAGGCCAUCCGUUCCUCCAACUUCGAGAGCCACCUCCGCUUCCCCAGCGCCACCCCAUCUCGCUUCUCCUUCAGGACCGCCCCGCCGAUCCGCAAUGCAGACAGAUGCGACUCCCCCCUCGCCGCCGCCGCCGGCAGAGGAGGGGGAUCGUCGGUGGAGGAUCUCACCGUCUGCGACCCCUCCCUCGUCCACAUCGCCAUCACCCUCGAUGUGGAGUACCUCCGCGGGUCCAUCGCCGCCGUCCACUCGGUCCUCCAGCACGCCCUCUGCCCGGAGAGCGUCUUCUUCCACUUCCUGGUUUCGUCUACGACGAACCUCGAGGAGGUGGUCCGCUCUGCGUUUCCGCAGCUGCGAUUCAAGGUGUACUUCUUCGACCCGGAGAGGGUGAGGGACCUCAUCUCGAGCUCGGUGCGGCAGGCGCUGGAGCAGCCGCUGAACUACGCCCGCAACUACCUCGCGGAGAUGCUUGAGCCCUGCGUGAAGCGGGUCAUCUACCUCGACUCCGACCUGGUGGUGGUGGACGACAUCGCCAAGCUGUGGCGGACCGAGCUCGGCUCACGAACGGUGGGCGCCCCCGAGUACUGCCACGCCAACUUCACCAAAUACUUCACGGAUCGCUUCUGGUCGGACCCUCGGUUGUCGCUCACCUUCGCCAGCCGGAAGCCCUGCUACUUCAACACGGGGGUUAUGGUGAUGGACCUGGAGCGGUGGCGGCGGGGGGGAUACACGCGGAGGAUCCAGCGGUGGAUGGAGAUCCAGAGGAACGACGGGCGAAUCUACGAACUGGGUUCUCUACCGCCGUUCCUCCUGGUUUUCGCCGGGCACGUGGCCCCCAUAGAUCACCGAUGGAACCAGCACGGGCUCGGCGGCGACAACGUGAAGGGUAGCUGUCGGGACCUCCACCCUGGCCCCGUCAGCCUCCUCCAUUGGAGCGGCAGCGGGAAGCCAUGGAUAAGGCUCGACUCCAACCGUCCAUGCCCGUUGGACGCCCUGUGGGCUCCCUACGACCUCCACGGCCGGGAACCCUAG